UAGUUUAAUAAAAUACAAAAGAAACAAAACUAGUUAAUUGUUAUUUACCACUAUGUUAUUCUAAUAGAAACUUUUCGAUUUUCAAGGAACAGAAGAUGUUUACAAAAGCACUUGGUUUGUUUUUACUAGUUCGCAGUUCAUUUUGGAUAAGAAUAAGACAAAGCCGUCAUUGAAUACUAUGCAUUUAUGUGAAGAUGAAGAAGUUUGCCAUCAAGAAGGAACUGGAUCUACUGUUGAAGAUGAAGCAUCGGCUAAAGUGGAUGAUCCUGCAUCUCAAGAGAAAGAAUCUAGCAACAUUGCGGAGAGCCCUCAAAUCAAGAGAAUUAUUCAGUCCUAGGGAAAGAACAGAACAAAGGCAAAAUCAGCCAUGUCUAGUGGUACCGAGAGUGGUACCGAACGCCUUGAUCAAGCCUCCCAAACUCUCCAAUCCGCAGCCAAGCAAAUCAAUACCAAUCAAGAUGAAUGUUACUACUUUGGAAAUUUUGUAGCUUCCAAACUUCGUGCAUAUGACUCAUUUACAAAAAGCGCU